UUAUAUUUUUCAUUAUAUUCUUCAUUAUAUUUAUUAUAUUCUUCAUUAUAUUUUUCAUUAUAUUCUUCAUUAUACUCUUCCUCUUAAUUUUUCACGCUUCCUAUGAGUCGUUUUAACUCCUACAACAGUCUUCAAAGACUAAACUCUCUCAACUUUAACCAACAAAAUAGAUUCUAUAUUGGUGUCGAUGUUGGAACUGGUAGUGCAAGAGCUUGUAUUAUCGAUUCAACUGGUGCCAUCCUAAGUAUCUGCGAAAAACCAAUUAUAAGAGAAGAAUUAAAACCAAACUACAUAACUCAAUCUUCCAGCGAAAUCUGGUCUGCUGUUUGUUAUUGUGUUAAUUCAAUUACAAGAGACUCUCAAAUUGAUCCAAAUUCAAUCUUGGGUAUUGGUUUCGACGCUACUUGCUCAUUAACUGUUUUAAACUUGGAAAAUGACUCUCCAGUAGCUGUUGGUCCUAAUUUCAGCAAUAACAAUCAAAAUAUCAUCCUUUGGAUGGAUCACAGAGCUGAAUUGGAGACAAAUGAAAUCAACUCAACUGACUUCACAGGUUUGAAAUAUGUUGGUGGUAAAAUGUCAAUUGAAAUGGAAAUCCCAAAGAUCAAAUGGUUAAAAAACAAUUUCCCCAAUAAUUCAACCUUCAAAAAUUGCAAUUUUAUGGAUUUGCCUGAUUUUCUCGUCUAUAAAGCAACUGGCAUUAAUUCAAGAUCUUACUGCUCAACAGUCUGCAAACAGGGCCUAUUACCAAAGGGUGUUGAUAAUUCUGUUGAUGGUUGGAAUAAAGAGUUUUUGUUAAAAAUCAAUUUAUCUGAAUUAGUUGAAAACGAUUUUAAAUGUCUUGGUGGUUCAACCAAUAAAACUGGCAUCUUCUAUAGCGCUGGCGAAACUGUUGGCCCAUUAUCUGAAAAGGCUGCUGAAGAAUUGGGGCUAACUACAAAUUGUCUAGUAGCUUCUGGUGUCAUCGAUUGUUACAGUGGUUGGAUUGGUACAAUUGCUGCAAAGACUGAUUUGGUUAUUCCAACUUUGGAGAAACAAAACCACGAUCCAAGCUUGAAUAAUUCAAUGGAUAAAGCCAUUGGCAGAUUGGCUGCUGUUGCUGGUACAAGUACUUGCCAUGUUGUUAUGUCAAAGGACUCGAUUUUCGUUCCUGGUGUUUGGGGUCCUUAUAGAGACAUUAUGGCUCCCAAUUACUGGCUAGCUGAAGGUGGUCAAUCUUGUACUGGUGCUCUAUUGGCCCAUAUUUUAAACACUCAUCCUGCUUAUGGAGAACUAUCAAAAUUAGCUGACGCUUCAGGUAUCUCGAAAUUUGACUAUUUGAAUUCGGUUCUAGAAAGAUUAAAAUUGGAAAGAAACGAAAGAUCAGUGGUCUCAUUAGCAAAACAUUUGUUUUUGUAUGGUGAUUACCAUGGUAAUAGAUCUCCAAUUGCUGAUCCAAACAUGAGAGCUGCCAUUAUCGGUCAAUCAAUGGACUCAAGUAUUGAGGAUUUGUCCAUCACUUACUUUGCUGCUUGCGAGUUCAUCGCUCAACAAACAAGACAGAUUGUUGAAGCCAUGACUAAAGCUGGCCAUCAAAUUUCAUCGAUUUUUAUGUCUGGUGGUCAAUGUCGUAACGGUCUAUUAAUGAGACUAUUAGCUGACUGUGUUGGAUUGCCAAUUGUUAUUCCAAGAUAUAUCGAUGCAGCGGUUGUUUUCGGUUCAGCUAUCCUUGGAGCUGUUGCAGCUGAAGAUCAUACUGGUUUGAAAAAAGUGCCAUCAAGAAAACCAAGGGUCUCUACUCUGUCUGAUAGACCCGGAGCUGUGUCUCCAUAUACUGCCCCAUCUGCUACUGCAAGUGUCACUAAUAUCUCUGCAAUGGCUCCAUUAACAUUCAUUGGACAAGAAGGUGGUUUCCCAUUUCCAAUUAUGACUCCUAUGGCAGAAAAAAAUGAAUUUGACUUUUCCACAGAGGGCAAUUCUUCCACAGAUACCAAUACCAAUACCAAUACCAAUACCAAUACCAAUACCAAUGCUUAUAACAAUGAACAUGCCUCCUCAUUAAAAUUCAACAGACCAUCCAAAUUGAAUCUAAGUUCUGCCCCAUUGAACUCUGCUGAUAAAUUGUGGACUGUGAUGGAAAGGUUGUCAGGAGUGGGCAGAGUUGUCUUACCAGGCUCAGUAGAUGAUCCAGACAGAAAGUUGUUAAAUGUGAAAUACAAGGUCUUUUUGGAUUUGGCCAACAAGCAAAGAGAAUACAGAAAAAUGGUCGACGAAGUCGAGAGCCAAAACAAACUAUGA